AUGUCACGAAGCAAGACGAUAACGCUCGAAGAUUGGGAAUCAAAAACUCAACUCACAGAAACGCAGAAGCAGAGCGCGGUAGAACUUCAAGAUGCCUGUGCCGAAUUACCAUUGCCCGACGGCUUUCUCGGCGAUUUUGGUUCGGGAACACCUCAACGUACAUCUUCGCCCACCGCGAUGUCUAUGAAAGACGCUAAUCUCUUACUUGCUGAAUUCCAGGCGUCUGAUGCUGCGACGAGCGCAUCGGACGCGACUCUCGGGAUACCACAGCCAAUUGAAACUACACAACAGUUUUUCGAUUGGUUUUCUAAGAUGGAAAAUGACAUGGAAAAAGAUCAAGAAGAUGUCUACAGACAAUCGUGUGACGCAUUUUUAGAACAAAUAGACAAUACUGUUAGAUUAUUUAGCGACCUAGAUGGUAAUUUCAAGUUUGUCGAGGAAAGAACAAAAGCCUUACAAACGGCAUGCGAGAAAUUAUUAGACGAACAAAAUAAUCUGACAACAUUGGCCGAUGCAAUGUCUUCUAAAUUGGCAUAUUAUAAUGAACUUGAACCUAUCACGAAGUCAUUCAAUUCCCCAGGAGAUGACAUUUGUGAACAAGAAGACUUUAUUCCGAUGUUAGCAAAGUUGGAUGAGUGUUUGGAAUACAUGCAGAGUAAUCAAUUGGAUUUGGACUAUCCUAACAAAUUAAAAAAUUCUGGAACAAAUGUUCAAAUUUCAUCAGUUGAGUCUACCGAGACCAAAGAAUUACACCCGUCACCGUUACCAGAAUCUACCGUUCAAAAAGAUAAUGGUGAUUCAGAAUCCAUGCCUCCGAUAUUUGAUGAUAUCGCCCAGGAUGCGGUUCAGUUAUGUUUGCAAUCAUUAUUAUCCGCGAGUGAAGCCAUUACCAGAGAGAGUAAAAUCGAUGGCCAAUUGUUCUUGAUUAAGCAUUUGUUAAUCCUCAAGGAACAAAUAGCUUCGUUUGACACACAAUUUAUACACGAAGAGAAAGACUUGGACUUUUCAUCAAUGACUGACGCCAUAAGCGAGAUGUUGCAUAACAAAUACACAAUUUUCAGUCCUACUAAAUUGCUCGGCUUGGCAACUAAGGGCAUUCCAAAAGUUGUUGAGAAUAGAAUAGAUGCAAAGCAGGAAGUGGACAAAGAACUCAAGCACAUAUGUGAAGAGUUCAUCUUAGACAAUUCAAAGGCAGCAAUUGAACCAUUAUCUUCGUUUUUGUUGAAGGUAUCUACCUUCAGAUUAAGGAAUGACCUCAGAGAGGUUCAUCGUCAAACUUCGUUGAAAAACCAAAAUUUUGCACAACCAGAUAAAAUUAUUGAAGUUUACGAAACUUUUCAAGAAACUGUAAAAAAUCGACUUCGCUAUAUAAUCCCGAAGAUGUCGGAAUAUCUUGGCGACCGUGAGACCGAGAGUAUCUUGCUAAAACCAAUGCAGAAACAUAUUAUAGACACGUAUCAGGCAUUUUAUGAUAUAAUGCAAAAUGAAAACUUUGAAUUCGGCAAUUUUCAGAAAUCUUUGGGCGAUAUCGAUAAAGUGAAAGAAUGGGUACAGUGCGAUUUGUUCUGGGAAGAGCAAAAUGGAGAUAAUCAUACAGACUGA